UGUCCGCUAUACUCUACACAUUCCGAUCGCAUAUUUCUAGCGAUACAGCAUCAGCCAACAUAAACAGACGUGUACAACACUUCACUCUCUCUCUCUCUCUCUUCCUCUCUCUUCUAAACAUCAUACGUUGCCAUCAUACACCGAUGGUAAUGACGGGAUGAUAGGCCAAUGUGUAUUCCACGACAUCGGGAACGGACGACAUUGCGCGGUCAUCGACAACGGUGAACGGUCAUAAAAACAAGAUGCGAUCUCUUUGAAUUUUAACCUCUGGUUGUCAAGGUUAGUCGUCUGCUAAAUCUUGGUUGCUCUUACAGCGCUUCAUGCACUGCACAUAGUACUUUCAUUACUAAUACACAACGCUGUAUACGUGCGGAAGAAAAUAUGUUACGAGUGAUAGACUGAGAGAGACGAGUGUAUGAUCAAAUUGCAUUUUUCUUCAUCCGGAUAUUAAUAUACAAGUAAAGUGAACAUAGGCUGUCAGAGUGUCAGUAUUGCUUUCAGUCUGUCCGUGAUCAGACGUUGUAAUUCGUCUUUGAUCGUGAAACUCAAGCCAGCGCCAUAAGCUACGUGACUUCGUGUAUCUCUGGAUUAUAAUGGAAGGCAUUGUUUUGUAGACAUCUUCUCGAUCUCGGCUGUCCUCAAUCCAUCGAGUUGUCUUCCCUUUUACAACGAUAUUAGUCCCUCAUAUUUCUAGCUCAUCAGUCACAAACAAUCCAACAUGAUGUCACCUGAUAGUGACGUGGUGUCACCUGAUACGGACGUGGUCUCACGUGAUACUGACGUGGUGGUGUCACCUAAUACUGACAUGGUGUCACCUGACACUGACACGGGGUCAUCUGAUAAUCAGGGACCCAUCGUGGUUCACGAAGGGGCUCUCAAUCUCAAAUCUCGUAUUAUGUUCUGCACGAGAUGGAAGUCGAAAUACGUCAAAGUGCGAGCAGAUACCAGACAGCUAGCUAUCUACGACAAAAAGGUAUCCGCUACCUCCACAGGCAAGCGAGGGGAGUGUCUCCUCAUUCAGCUCAAGCAGGUUGUCGAAUGCAGAGCAGCUGUGACCAGCAAGAAACGGAAUAGCUUUCUCAUCCAGAAGACCCCCAAUGCUGGAGCUAAUCGACAGAUCAUAUUUGGCUGUGUGAAUCCAGCUGAUCGGGACCGGUGGGUCCACGUCAUUAAUGACGUCAUGAAUGGGACCAUCAGCGGCCAAUCAGCGUUUGAUGAGGUGGUAGUGUCAUCAAGCGCCCUCACUCAUCUUGUGAAGGGCAGGCCCAAGAACCCUGGUCGACGCCCACCAGGACACAGAGCUAGAGCAUUGAUCUCGUCACCAACCAGUGAGAUCAGUAGCUUCGGAGACGAUGCGGACUCGGGGGUCGGGGCAUCAUCAGAACUACUGGCUACACAUAGCACGGUGCACAAACUGGAUGGGGAAUUGGUUGAUGACGUCAUCGAGCAAUCUCCUACGUCAGAGGAGUGUGCAGAUCGAGCAGUAAGUAACGAAUGUCUGGCGGACGUAGAGGAGGAGGAGAGUACUAAACCCAAGAAUGACAAGGUCUCCUCUCUCCAGAGGGUCAAGAAGCCGAAGAAGACUGAGCCAAAGGCCACAAAGCAGGAUAAGACUGAGGCAAAGGCCACAAAACAGGAGAAGUCUGAGGCAAAGGCCACAAAACAGGAGAAGAAUGUUUCAUUCUUCAGUCGUCUAGGCUCCCGCAUCUCCCGCGCUCUGAGUAGGAGUCAAUCCACGGACGAGUCCAUUGAACAAACAAAGAAUAUUGAACAACAUACAGGGUCUCAGAAAGAAGAUGGUCCAGAUCAAGAGAGGGAGAUUGAGGAGAUUCGAGAAGAAGUGAUAGAAGAAGUCAACUUAAGUCCUUCCCGUGAUACGUUCUACGCCAUGCCAACAGGUACUAAGUCAGGUCAUGAUAAGGUCAUUAUGGAGCUUGCAGCCAUCGCACAGAAUGCCAAGCUUGUUGCUGCUAAAGCUGAAGCUCUCAAGUCAGCUCGUCUCCAAGGUGAGAGCGACUCAAGCGGUGAAGAAUCCUCUGGUACGAAUAAGACUUUGUCUCGACGUGACUCGGAGAAGAACAUCGAACAGGCAGCAGAGAAUCUAAGAACCACUCUCAAAAACCUGAGCGAAGCUGAACAAUUCGAGAUUGAGAAACCCGACGGUGACAAACCAGAGACACACAAAGAGGUGACUAAACCAGCUACCGCUAUGAAGAAGAAGAUGAACGUAUCAGUCAUUAGUGAAAUGGAAGGUUUCUUUGCAAAGUCUAAUAAAGGUAAUCAGAAACGCAAAGAGAGCGGUGAGAAAACUCCAGAUACGAAGAGCAUAGAUGAAGAGAAGAAAGAAAUUUGUGCAGUUCAGGAGAAAGAUGAAACCUCGAACGGGACGGUGAACGAUGACAGUCUUGAUGCGACCAAGGAAAAGGAAGAAGACGAGAAGAAGGAUGAUGAUAUGGAGGAUGAACCUGAGAAAGAGAAAUCAAAGACUGAUGAGCCCAGUGAGGUGAAAGUAACGCAGGAAAAUAAGAAGGAGGAUGAGGGAAAGAAGGAAGAUGAAAGUAAGGAAGAAGAGGAGAGAAAGAAAGAAGAAACUGAUAAAAACGUCAGCCAAGAUACUAAACAAGUUAAACCUGAGGAAGAUGACGAUGAUAAGGUCAAAAUAAAUGGAAACCUAAGCGACGAUGACAAAACAACGGACUAAUUACAAUGCUUUCUUCACUUAUAUGCACUUGCAAUGAUAUACAAGGUGAACGCACUUAAUUUCUUGCCAAAAUAAUAUCGAUCACAAGAAAAUAUUAUUAAUUCUUACAAGGAAAGGUUGGGUGAUUUCUUAACAAUCGUAAUUGCCGCACCCGCCUAAAAUCAAAAGUUAAUAUUUUGCUGCAUGAACAAUUAUGGUUAUGCAUGUGUUUGCAAUGAACUCACACUAAGUACAACUCUAAAGCUUCUGACAGUAAUAUUUGAUAAUGAUUCGUUAAUAUAUAUAUCUUCUCUUUUUUCAAGUAACUGUAGGUCCAAGAAUAAUUGCCUUGAUGAUGACUAAAAAUAUGUGCAAACUUGAUUAUAAUUAAGAGUAAAUAGAAAAGUAUCAUUAUUCUUCCAAUUUAUCUGUAUAUUGUGCUAUGUUUUAUAUAAUCUCUCAGUUGAUGAAAGGGUUCUCAAACUAAUAUUUUUAUUCAUCGUUUAAGUGCCAAUUACAGGAGAACACAAUGUCUUCAACUGUUAAAAGUAUUUCCGAGGUCUCUUAAAUGCUUAAUCAAAACAAUUAACCAAAAUGUUAGAAGUACACAUGAAUAUACCUUGAUAAUAAUUUAUUGUAAAUAAUGAUACAGUAUUGGGUUUGAGGAUUUCCCUUCAGUUCUUAGUGUACUUAUUACGACAUUACUAACACAUUUCGCCUGGCAUGUACAAAUACAUUUUCUUCCUUAGCAUGAACUCAUGGAUGAGAUUAGUCGUAUACCAUGUCGUGUAGACUUGGUAAUUACAGUAAUGUAAGUCUUGAAACAUUUUCAUCUCGGUCAUUUAAUUUAUUGUUAAAAAUGUGACUGGGAAGGGCGUAGCGUGGGGGCACCGGUCUUCCUAGCUCUUUCAAAAAUUGAUGUUAGCCCGACCCAGGCUGGAUUUACGUCGGGACAAAGUACGCUAAGGUCCACUUUGACGAUUGUAUUUCUGUAAUUCUCUCUUGAUUAAUUAAUUCACACAAUCACACGCCUUGUGCGUACUCAGUAGCGAAUACGUGUGAAAAAUGAAACCAAUUUUCUUGUAUUAAUUGAUUAAAAAUGCAGUCUGAUAGCUUUUUAUCUUGCCAUUCGUAUCACAACAUGAUUGUUCUUAGUAGUAAUUGAAACUUGUUGAUUCCAAAUCGACAGAAUGCUGCUUUUUAAAAAGAUAUAAUUUAAAGCUAUAUCGAAAUAGAUAUAUGUUAUGUAUGAAGUAAAGUAAAUUGUGCAUGACAUCGGUUACACUUCGACUCCAGGUUGCAUGGUAAUCCGUUAUAGAUUAGAGACAACUAUUAUAAUUUAUAUAUUUAUAGGCACGUUGCUAUGUCAGUACUGUGAAGGGUAUUCCUAUGUCGGUAUAUUCUUGUAUACAAUGAAUGAUAAAGUGUUGUUCUCUUUUAUAUUUAUGUCAGUAUUCUGUGCAUUAUUAUCGUUUUAUUUUAUCGUACUUAUUAUCUUGUUAUUUGAUUAUGCAUUUUAGUUUAUAAUAUCCUGUAGUUAGUGAAUACGUUAUUAUACUUUUGUAGAUAAUCAUAUACCAUGCAGUGUGAAUUCUGUUAUCAUGUGCAUAGAUCGCCAAACAUAAUGGAUAGAACUCAAAUGAUCUACUCCAUGCAAUCGAACAGUCUUGCCGUUGAAAGAUUCAUACUAAACAGCAAUCAGAAUCGCUAUUGAUUUUGUCCAUUGUAAAUUGAUUUCAGCUAUAUGCUCUUGCCGAAUGAAAUGAUAGUUUUCAAGAACUCACAAACUCUGCAUGGAAUAUGGGUUAUUUCCUUCCUCAUUUACUCCAUCACUAGUACACGUUAAGUAUUUUUCUUUCAAAUAGUUUGCCAUACUUUUUUUGCCUUCAUAUUUGUAAAUUCAUGGUUGUAAUUUGGACGAACACGGAAUUGAGUGUGAUGUCCUUGCAUGUUAUGUAAUGAUUGCAGCAUUGUCAUAGUUACAUGGUAUCGUGCUGUAUCGGUUAGUCUAUGAAAAGAAAAGAGUGAAUUUCCACUCCUUUUUUUUCCCUCCUUCGGGAUUCACGUCAGUGAUCACUUGAUUAGGAGUGAAUAUCGUUUUAUUAUAGAGUGCUCUCUAAAAAGAGUGAAUUUUCACUCUAUUUUCACUACAUUUUCACUCUCCAGAGAAGUCAUGUCAGUGAUCAGUAGACUUUUUUGGAGAGCAGUGAAUGAUUGUCUCUUUGGGGCCAGAAGGGAAUUAACUCCGAGUUAAACAAUUACAGUAUGUGAGUUAAAGCAUUAACUCUGAGUUAAACAGUGAAAGUAUUGGAGUUAGAGCAUUAACUCCGAGUUAUGCAGUUAAAGUAAACGAGUUAAAGCGUUAACUCCGAGUUAUGCAGUUAAAGUAUAUGAGUUAAAGCAUUAACUCUGAGUUAAACAGUUGAAGAAAUAUGAGUUAAAGCAUUAACUCUGAGUUAAAUAGUUACAUGAGUUAAAGUAUGUACUACGAAUUAAACAGUUAAAGUAGGCCUAUUAGUUAAAGCAUUAACUCCGAGUUAAAGUAGGUCUAUUAGUUAAAGCAUUAACUCCGAGUUAAAGUAGGCCUAUUAGUUAAAGCAUUAACUCCGAGUUAAAGUAGGCCUAUAAAACCUUUCUGGCUCCAAACAGACGAUAUAAACACUUAAAGUUUUAAUGUUGAUUAUUUGGUGCUUUGGCAGACUUCGCCGAACAUUUUCAUUCAGUUAAACAACAAGCAUGAUACAUUGCAUGGAUGACAUGGAAGCUCGUUUAAAAUUAUUGUACUAAAAUCAAAAAGACAAGUGAUGUAUUAUCUUUUUUAAAUAUUCAAACGUCGAUUUGUUUUUUUCAAUAAAAGGAACACAUUUCAGUCACUGAAA